AUGGCUGCAACGCUACUGGGGGAGGACCCCCGGCCGAGCAGCACCCCUCUGGCCAUGUUGGCGGCAACUUGCAGCAGAAUCGGCGAGGGAAAUUCCACCUGCACCACCACUGACCUCACCGACGGACCCAUGGGAUUCCCAAAGGGCUUCCACCCGUGGAAAAGGAGCGUUCCGCCCUCAUGUCUCACCUCACUCGGGGUCUCCUCUAGGAGUAACGGGGUGGGAUUCUCUGAUGCCUCCAGCGCUUUCUCAGUGACCAACCUCAACGAGUUUCCGUCUUACCAGAACUCCGGGCAGUCCGAUACGAGUUUGUCGGAGCAGCGCUCCGUGUUUGUCACAAAGUUACCCGCCUCUAUGGAAGCUAUCGCCGGGAUAUUCCCGCGGCUGCGUCCGCACCCGUACGAGUCGUGGUUCAAACCCGUGGCGGAUGUCGGGACUGUGCCUUCUUCCUCUUGGUGGGACGUGGGCGCCACUUGGGUGGAUAGUUCCAGCCAAGCCGGGAUGGCACCCACUCUUGCCGGGUACGGGUCUUCCGAGCACAGCCCCGGAGCCGUUCAGCAACUCCUCUCCGGUACGCAACACAUGUUCGACGGCUACAGAACACCCUACACGGAGGUCAACCCCGCCGCUUCCCCCGCAAAGAGCCCGGUGGUCCCCCUGGCCGCAUCCUCGCGGUCCUCCCGUCGCUACACUGGCAGAGCCACCUGCGACUGCCCCAACUGUCGGGAGGCGGAGAGCCUCGGUCACGCCGAGGCCAGCUCCAGGCGCCGGGCCGCCCACAAUUGCCACAUCCCGGGCUGCGGGAAAGUGUACAGCAAGACGUCCCACCUGAAGGCUCACCUACGCUGGCAUACCGGGGAGAGACCGUUCGUGUGCAACUGGCUCUUCUGCGGGAAACGCUUCAAUCGCUCGGAUGAGCUCCAGAGGCACCUACGCACUCACACAGGGGAGAAGCGCUUCGAGUGUACCGUGUGCCGCAAGAGAUUCAUGCGCUCCGAUCACCUGAGCAAACACGCCCGGACGCACGGAGAGGAGGAGGCCGGGAAAGGCAACAGUGACACUGACAACAGUGUCGGCGAAAGUCCUAGGCAGCCUUCGGAGAUACACGUGACUGUCAAGGUGAAAUAG